AGAAUGGUGUCAUCGUCUUUUUUAAGUUUAGAUGCAAAUUUCUCAGACUUGAGAUUAAUAACUGAUUUGUCUUUUUCGGAUUUAAAAUACGGAAUAUAUUCCCCUACCGGUGUUUGAACACAGAUUUCAUCAAUUUUAAAUUAACCUGUGUACUACAGCAUCAUAACCACAACAGCAAGACCUUCAUAGGGUUCUCGUCAUCCAUGAAGCUCUUCAGCAAAUUCCGCAAGAUUCUUAUGAAGAUCCUCUUCAUCGUUCCCUCCUCAUCUUCCUCUGCCACCGUACGUCGUCACAAAACCGCCGAUUCCCGCAGUGGCAGUGAGAGGCUAGAGACGCCAAAGAUAUCGUGCAGUAAUUCGUACUACUCCUCUCAGUCUCACUACAGUGAAGCUAUCUCAGAUUGCAUUGACUUUUUCAAUAAGUCAUCGGUUAAUAAUAUGUCUCACCAAGAACGUGAAGACAAGAUUGUUCAUGAACUUAUAAAAGAAGCGAUGUGA